AGACAUAAUACAAACUUCAGUUAAAAUUUUCGCAAAAAUCUCGCUGCUUGUAAAAUUACAGAAGUUAAGCUACAACACGACCAAAGCUUAGAUACUUAGAAGAUAACAAGAUCUUCUUGCGCAAAAAAAAGCCGAAAUUUGUCGUCCAUAAUUCGCUUUUCACUCGACAUCUUUAUCAUCAAUUUUAUGUAAGAAUAUUCUAAUAAUUCAUCAAGUCGUUUUUUGGACGUCGUAUGAACCAGUGAAAAAAAUGGAACAGUGGAAAAAUAGAGUGGCUGUAGUGACUGGGGCUUCUUCAGGGAUUGGGGCUUCUAUUGCAAAAGAACUCACGAAGUCAGGAAUGAUAACAAUUGGAUUAGCUCGAAGAGUUGAAAAAAUUGAUGAAUUGAAAGUAGAUCUCCCUGAAAAUCUCCAAAAUAAUCUUCAUGCGGUGAAAUGCGAUGUUUCCAAAGAAGAUGAAAUAAUCGCAGUGUUUGCAGAGAUUGAUAGGAAAUUCAAUGGGAUUGAUGUCCUGAUCAACAAUGCUGGAACUGGGAAAUUUGGAGGACUCCUUGAUAAAGAUAACUCGAGCUUUAUGCGUCAUGUGAUUGAUACAAAUAUUCUGGGCAUUGUUUUCUGCACUAGAGAAGCCUACAAAUCCAUGGAGAAGCACGGAAGGAAUUCCCAUAUUAUACACAUUAACAGCAUCUUAGGCCAUACAAUUCCUCCAAGUGAUCAACUAUCACCGAGCAGUAUGUACAUUCCAAGUAAAUUUGCCGUAACAGCAAUGACCGAAAUCCAUCGGCAAGAAUUUAUUCGUAGUAAGCAUCACAUCAAAGUGACGUCAGUGAGUCCGGGAUAUGUGAAAACUCCGAUUGUACCGCAGGAACUUCUUGAACAAUAUCCAGAUUUGCCUUUACUAGAGCCCGAGGACAUUGCUCACAGUGUUUUGUAUGUUUUAGGAACUCCACCUCAUGUUCAAGUUCACGAAUUGACGAUUAAGCCAUUUGGGGAAACAUUUUGAGGACGAUGCAUAACAAAACC